AUGGCGGUGGCCGCAGCUAGUCGGGGGACCGGAGUAAAACUGGCCCUGCGUGAAAUUCGGAUCCACUUAUGCCAGCGCUCGGCCGGCAGCCAGGGCGUCAGGGACUUCAUCGAGAAAAGAUACGUGGAGCUGAAGAAAACGAACCCCGACCUACCCAUCCUAAUCCGCGAGUGCUCUGAUGUACAACCCAAACUCUGGGCCCGCUACGCAUUUGGCCAAGAGAAGAAUGUCUCUUUGAACAACUUCAGUGCUGAUCAGGUAACCAGAGCCGUGGAGAAUGUGAUACGUGGCAAAGCCUGAACUCAACUGAGGAUUAAAAGUAGCAGCCCCAACCUGGGCUCUGCUGGACUGAAGUGCAGGGUGAAAGACAAGGGGCUGGGGUCCAAAGGGCUUGGCUGA